UCUGUGUUUUGAACCAACCCGAACCACACUAGUGGUCACGUAAGAAAUGUACAGAAAUAUAUGUAGUAGGACUCUGUCAUUUUUGUGAUUGGCAUAAGCUGAUAACGGGUGUGUCCCCCUCUCUCUCCCUCUGCUUAAUACCUCCCUCUUCACUGCUACAGUGAUGCUGGGAGAGUCACUUUCAGUGCGCAACGAGUGGAGAGAAGUGGGACCAUCUGGAAGUGCCAUCCAACUGGAAGUGUCAUCUACUUAAUAAAGUGUGUCUUCACAUUAGGCAACGUUUUUCUUUUUUUCUUUCAGUCUAUUUUCUAUUUGUAUUUUGUUCGAAUCGCUCAGCAUGGAGGUAAACGCUAGGAACCGUAGUCCGAAAACCUCAUGCGUUUGCAGCGAAACAGAAGACAUGUACUGGCAGUCACCUCCGACAGCAAUCUACUUGUCUCGACCGAGGGAUGUUUGCAUUUUGAGGGUUUUAAAAUUUUAAGCGUGGUUGUUUAUCUCAAUUUUAUUACUGUGUGGAUUUUGCAACUCCAUGUGGAAAGAAACACAAGCGGGUCUAUUAUGGAUUUAGUGCAACGAACUUUGAGAACGUCCAAUGCAUCAGGUGAUGUGAACGAGACGAGCACACAGAGAUCACCACCGCAUUCUCAAUAUGCAGCUGUUCUCAUAAUUAUUGUGGUCGCUAUCAUCAUUUUGUUAACAAUCGUGGGAAAUGUCCUGGUUGUGGUAGCAGUGUUCACCAGCCGCGCUCUCCGAGCUCCCCAAAACCUGUUCUUAGUUUCUCUGGCAUCUGCUGAUAUUUUAGUGGCCACCUUGGUUAUCCCCUUCUCCCUCGCUAACGAGGUCAUGGGUUACUGGUAUUUUGGCAGUACCUGGUGUGCAUUGUACCUGGCCCUGGACGUGCUCUUUUGUACGUCAUCUAUUAUCCACCUCUGCGCCAUAAGUUUGGACAGAUACUGGUCCAUCACCAAAGCUGUGAGAUACAACCUGAAGAGGACUCCAGAACGAAUCAAAUGUAUGAUCACUGUGGUAUGGAUCAUAUCUGCUGUCAUAUCUUUCCCACCCCUUAUAAUGACAGAACAUAACGAGAUGGAAUGUUUGUUAAAUAACGAAACUUGGUAUAUACUUUCAUCUUGCGUUGUUUCAUUCUUUGCACCCGGUCUUAUUAUGAUUCUGGUGUACUGCAAAAUAUAUAGGGUUGCAAAACAACGUGCCGCCACCGUGUUUGUGGCUAAGAACUGCAUGGAAAGACAGCCUUCGCAGUCGGAAACAUUCUAUGUGCGAAAGGGUAAAGUCGAAGAUGAGAACCCCAGCGGUCGCAGAAAAGUCAGUGACCAGCGUAGAGGGGAAUUAGAUGACAUCGAUCUCGAAGAGCAUUAUGUCGCCAACAGUAAACCAAAAACAUUUCGGUUUUCCAGCAGAAGAAAAGUGGAAGGAGCCAGCAUAUGCCCGAAGAAGAACUGCCGUUUGUCAUGGGCUUCCCGGCGCACCUCGCACUUGUUGCAAGAGCCAAAGGCCAGACAGUUGUCCAUUUCCAAAAUCAAAAUGGCCCAAAUGCGAGAGAAGCGUUUUACUUUCGUACUGGCAGUGGUCAUGGGUGUAUUUGUGCUUUGCUGGUUUCCUUUCUUCUUCACUUACAGUCUGCAUGCCAUUUGCAGAGAAAGUUGCACCAUACCAGACUCUCUUUUCACACUGUUUUUCUGGAUUGGCUACUGCAACAGUUCUGUAAAUCCUAUUAUUUAUACCAUUUUUAACCAUGACUUUCGAAAAGCCUUCAAAAAGAUCAUGUGUCAUAGUCGGAGAAGGCAGUAACUUUACAGCUACAGAGUGUGUUGUAACUGAUCACAAAUGAAGCUUUUUGAUUGAAGUUCCACAAAAGAAAGAUUCAUUAUAAAUCCUGUUUGUUUCAAAAGGCAAAACAUUUGAUUCUUUCUACCAAGCAAAUUAACAUAAUUUGAUAUCUUGUUUUAAUUAGGUCAUCCUUAAAACAUCAGUUGUAGUAUUGUUAUGUUAUAUGUUGUUGUUGUGUUAUAUGUUGUCCCUCGUCACACC